UGUUAAGGUAUACUGCGGUUGUUUAUUUACUACGUCUCAAUUCUCAUGUGGAGGUUAACGAAAAAAAAACGUGACAGGUGUGAGUUCUUACAAGUAUAUUUACAAAUUUGUCCUGCAGACUUACGGGAGUUACGACAGAUCUAGGCAUAGUUUUCGGCGCUUUUACAUUGAAAGUAUACUUGCAGAAUUGACAGACGAAUUUGCAUUUCGUUGUUAUUGACUUAUUCAGUUCAAACCUCAAUAUGUGAUACAACUUUGCCAUGCUGUGUUGUUUAUAUACUAACACAGUAACGUAAUAGUAUCUUCUUUUUUUUUUUUGUCAGCUUCAAAGUCCAGUUAAAUUAUAUUUAUAAAUUGCACGACAAAGGCUUACUUCUUAGUGAAACUUGUUUUGGUGCUUUUGUAAGAACGAAACAGAAAAUGACUACACCCGGUUCCUGCCUUUUUUUUUAGUGAGUACACCAGUAAUCCAAGUUGUAUUAUACAAGUCUAAUUUGAAAUUAUUUUCAUUCCAGCACCUCUUUACUAGCAGUAGCAUUAUGAAUUCAAAGAUAAAGUCAAGUAGGUUUAACAUAUUUGAAAAACUCAAUUAUAAUGUGAAUAAUGAAGAAUCAUGUAAGGUACAAAGACCUUCGCCUAAACAGACACAAGACCAGUUAGUGGAUAAUAGAGGAAUUGAUUACGAAGAGUCAAGAUUCAGUUCCAAGCGUGACUGUGAGUAUCAGAAGGAGGAGGAUGAAACAAUGAACAAGGAGUCAAUAUCAGAAAAAUCAAUUUAUUGUGUCAGCAAUCAGUCCAGUUCCAUGUUAACAGAUGAUGAGGAUUUACAAGAACUGAGUCCUGGAAGUUGCAAAUCCACUGGAACAUGCAAAACCUUAAAAUCUCCUGAAGCUCUAGCUAUGAAUGGAAAUCAAUCCAUCUCACCUGCUUGGUCAUUUACCAUCCCUAAGAGAUCUGGUAUUAAGGAAGGCAGUCAGUUGCUUGAAGUUAAACUGGAUUCUCGAGAGUAUCAUAAUGAAAUAGGCCCUGUUAUUAACAGAAGCUUCUUCCUUAAAAACAGCUGUCACAUCUACAAACCAUAUCAGGCAUUUCUGCUUGUAAACAAGCAUUUGGAACAAGAGUAUUUCAGAAGAAAGCACGAACUUAAAUGUAUGGGAAGAUCUGAAAAAGAUUUAUCAGAUCAGCAUGCCUUUCUUCAAGUCAACUCAGUUCAAGAGGCAAAGAAGCUUUUAACUGAAGGUCUGAAAAUUAAUAACACAAAGGAAUCCUGGCUCGGCAGUGCUUCCAUGGGGGUUUCUCUUCAAAAACAUGCAGAUCUUACAGGACCAGAAGAACAAAAGCCACAUUCAGUAUUACAUAUUAUGAUUUUUAAAGUUUUGAAGGGAAAGUCCAAGUUGAUCCAUCCCCAGCCUAACUGUAUGUUAGAACCUACACCAAACUGUGAAUGCCACAUGUCUGCUUUAAAAGUAGACUUUCCUUCAUGUGGGUUGAAAACUGCAUAUUUCUACACUCAGUAUUAUCUAUAUGAAUACAACGAAGAUCAACUUGAAAGUAUUCCAAGACACAUAUGUCCAUAUGCAUUAGUAAUCUUCAACUUUGACAUUUCCACACCUUCACUAACACAACAUGGGUUUAGGCCCUCAGUAAAAGCAAAAGCUGAGAAAUCAAUAUCUCUAAGUAAAGAAAUGACCAGAAGAGAAUUAAUUCUCUGGCAUGGGCAGUUGUGGGCAAAGAACCUGUUUCUUUCUGAAGUGAAAAUUCUCUCAUGGUCUUUGUUAAUACAACCAUCUCAAUUACCCUCUCGGUUGAAUGUAUCGAUAAAAGUUCCAAUAACAGCCAUAAAGGAUCAGCUUUUACAUCAAGUCAUGUCAAUAAACCCUUACCAGGAGGUUUUUAUGGGAGGAUCUUAUUUUACUUACCUUCAGAUGCGACCUCACUGUAACCACAGAGGAUUCAACGAUUUUGUAACUUAUCUACAGAAUGAAAAAGUUGGGGCACUAGGUUGUUGUGAAAGCAGUGUAGAAUACAUCCUGCUUCCUCCUUGCAGUUAUGCAGAUGAGCUUGGUUUACAUGAAAACAAAGAAGAUUUUGUUCUGCACUGCAUAUUCUUUUCUACUGAAGCUCUCAUUAAUCGUCUAACUAAAGUCAGAGAAUUGUUGAUGGCAAAGAAGAUAGCAAGUUUGCUGCCUACACCAUCUUCAACAAUUUUUGAAGAUGGUUAUGAACAAAAUCUGAGCCUGUCCAAAAGAGUAACAAGAAAAACCCUGGCUUUAACCUUUCGUCAACAGCAUAACAGAUACAAAGUACUUGGAUCCCAACCCAAAGUUUCAGGUAAAAGGUUUGGGAAACAGUUUCCUGCAUCACUGAAGAAGAAACAUACUUUAGCUUUUUCAAAGUUGGUGUCCACUAGCAACUUCACUCCCUGUGCAUCACAAGUUGCCCAAACAAAAGAAGUUAUUUUUCCAAGACUGUCACUAACUAGUUUUGAUCCUCGUCUAAAUAAAGCUGAUGGACAAGAUACAGCACAAAAGGAAUUAUUUCACUCUGUCACUAACCCUGCUCCUACGCACUCAUUUGUGCAUGAAAAAGAUUGUACAUAUUCUUCUGUAAGUGAACCUCUUGGGAACAAAGAUGCUCAGAACACAGAUAUUUUGUCACCUUCUUCUAAAAGUAUGCAAAACUGUACUCAGAAAAAAGUCACUAUAAAAGAAAGAGAUUUUACUGAAGAUCAAACUUCACAAGAUAAAUCAGCAAAUAAUAAAUGUUCUUCAAAUUUGCACAUUUUGUCACCUAUUUCUGAUUCUACACAUGAAAAUAAUUUUAAAAUGGAAACAAGAAGUAUUGGGAAUAAAAAUAUCAUUAAUCAAAGCUGCCACAGUGUGUCUGGCAGUUCUUUUAUGACUGUAACAGAACCUGUUUUCAUUGAAAAACAUUGUAGUAUUUCUUCACCAAGCACUGCAGAGUCACAUGAAUCAACAACCUUAUCCGUCAGUACUCCAUCUAUGUCAAGUUGUUCACAAGAUUUGCUGAAAUCACCUGAAGAAAUUAUUUCCAAUGGUUCAGUAAUUUCUCCAGAUAUACCCCUUCAGAAACCUCACUGUUUAGAACAACUGCUAAACAAACAAAAUGAUUCAUUAAAAACUGAAUUGUCAGAGUCUGAAGUUUUGUCCCCACAACAACUUGGUGGUCAACAGAGGAUUGAUACAGUUGAUGAUAUGAAAAACUUCCUGAAUGCAGACUUAUUGCAAGAAGAACAACGGCUCAAAAUGAGCAAAAAAUUUCACAAGCAAAAAAGAAAGAAAAGGACCUUGAAAAAGAGAAUACAGCAAAAAUGUAGGUUGAUGAAGAUGAUCUAUGAAGAUAUUGUUAAACUCAAGGAUGCUGAAAAACAUAUGGGGCACAGAAAGAUACAAGUGCCAGAGCUAUCAAAACAGUCUUGUAUUAAUAAUGCUAGCUCUGAUACUCUUCCACCAAAUGAGGUUUCACCACUAGCUUCAGAUCUCGAUAAUGUUUUUCAUGGGCCUACAUCAAGUACAGAACAGAGCUCAGAGGAAAACUCUUCCAAAAUUCAUAAUGGGAGCAUCAAAGAAGAAUCAUCCCAAGCUUUGGGUAGUAUUUUGGACUUCCAAAACUCUUCUACAGGAGACAAAUUAAAGCCCCUAGUUGUUGAAGAUGGUGAAUUUCACCCAGUGUACUGUGCAAAACAAGAGUUCAAAAGUAACAUUGCAGAUUUCAUUCAUCAAGACUCACAUGUACAAAUAUCAGAAUCACCCCAUAAAGAAGUCAUCUUGGUAGACUUUCAAAGACAUCUGGAUGAGAUUUCUUCAUCUUUCACCAAACAGUUACACUUUCUUACCCACUGUUGGGACAAAUCAGUGCAUGAAAAUAACAGUAGUCUCAAAUAUAAGACAUUGGGGCAAAAUAAAAUUAAACCAGUUUCUCAAUGGGAAGAAUACUUGAGUGGUGACCUCACUGUAUUAAUAAACUUUAUUGAAAACCUUACCAACAAAUGCACCAAAAGACUCACUGGUAAAGAUUUAAACCAGAUCAGCUCUCUGACUAAUAUCUCCAAAAUUCAGGGUACAAAGGCAGCUGAGCCUGUUGUGUCUCCUAGAAAGAAACAAAAGUCACACUUUACUGGACAUGAGCUGGAACCAGAAAAUAUUGGAUUAGUCCAGACACCUGAUGAGGAGUUCAAUGGUUUUAGUAAUAAAAACAAUGUUCAAUCCUCUGGAAAUGUUGAAAAAGAUACAAUCACAGAUCUAUUUAAUUCCCUAUCUCAUGAAACAAAGACGACUGUGAUGCAAAAAUUUCAUGAACUUUCUGAAGAUCUCCGCAAGUCUGAUGACUCCCUAAAGCUUCCUGUCAAAAGAAAACUCAAAACAAGUCUCAUGACUAUUUCCAAACGAAAAAUGUUUCAGGAUAGCCUCUAAUCUGGUAUCGCAACAAAUAUUAACAUGUGCUUUUUCAUAUGCCAAUGUCUAAUGAACAAUAAUACACUUUGUAAUUGAAAGAGAAUAAAAUAUCAUAAAAUACAUUAUGUUUAAGACAGAUUUAAAAUUCAUACUUCCCAAAUAAUUUAUAUUCUGACUAGAUUAAUUUCUUACUCACAUGGACUAUAAUACGCAAUCGCAUGUACUCAUGGCAAAUAUUUCUAGAGGCUUUUUUUUUACAAAAGCAUAAAAAAUCACUUCAAUUAACUAGAAACUUAAUUUAAAUAUGUAUAUUAGCAAUGCUCUGUUGAAAAUAAAUCUUAGAAAAGAAUAGAGAUUAGCAAUGUUUAACACAAAAUGUUUUUAUAUUUCAAAUUCUCUGGGUUCUUGAUGAUAAGCCUACAUAGUCAUUUUUUUUCUUACAACUUCUUUAAAAAUCAGUGCUUUUGUGCUUAUCUGGAAGGCAGUUAACACAUGGACUGUAAGUACAUAAUAGAGAGGUUAAAUGGUAAUGUUAUAUUAAAAUUAAUUUAGAGCCUCACUAUAUCAUAACAGUUGUCUAUCUGACAACCAUUUACUCUGACAAUAGCCUUACAAUGUAGUAUCCAUUGCAAAAGGCCCCAUCAUAAGACUGUCACAUUUGAACAACAUCACUCCACCCUGCUUGCUUUCCAUGAACUGUCUUAUGUACAAGAAUAAGUUUUCCAGCAUUCAUUUCAAGUCUGAUCACACAGAAAUCCAUAGGCACCUCAUCAGGUGACUUGACCAGUAUGUAUUCAUAUGGAAAAUCAUGAAUACCCAUGUAAUUAUGCAGCUUCUUAAGCUAUUUGACAUGUGAAUGGAUAUGUCAUAGAAGCAAAUUUGUAUACAUGAAUUGUGUCACUUCUCCAGAUCCUUCUUGAUUAUAUUGCAUAAUUUUACCUGAGACACAUGGAUGGCUUUUACCACUAAUUAAAUGAAACAUUGCAUCAGAAAGGGUUUUUACAUACCCUACCCAAAAGUGAUAAAUUUUCUGUGGCAAUACCUACAAUAUGCCAGGUAGUCAAAAUGUACUUCUGAUACAUUCCAUUCCACCACAAAUGUAUAUAUGCUGUUCUUGCCACAAGACUUGCUGAUUUGCAUACUGAAAAUCACUUUGAUAUAACAUAAUCAACCCUCUGUUAUGUGAAGUAGCUUGAAACAGAGAAAUGUGCUAAAAUGUAAACAAUACUUCAACUGUUUUUGUGGACUAAUCUGUGACUUGGGGGGGGGGGGGGAUAUGGAAAUUUUUGCUAAAAUGUAAACAAUACUUAACUGUUUUUAUGAACAAAUUUGAGACUUGGGGGGGAGGGGGAGGUUAUGGAACUUUUAAAGUUCAGUUGUUUAUAUGGGUAUAUAUGUAUUCAUUGCAAAAAUAAUGUAAGUACAAAUUUAAGGUAUAAUUUUAUUAGAUUUUCUAUGUUGUUAUCAGUGAUAUUUGUAUAAAGAGCUGAGUAAAGAAAUUAUUUUGUUUGUUUUUCUGACAAGAUUUAUUUUCACUUUGAAAGAAAUCCUUAUAAACUAGUUAAGAAGUUCUCAAACUUUCCAAGCUCAUGUCCAUAAGCAUUCUCACUAAGGACCACAACCAAUGAAGCCAAAAUAAUGGAGUAAAUAACUUUCCCUGAGGGUGCAGUUGAUUAUUCCUUUCUUCAUACAGUCCCCCCCCCCCUUUUUAUGCUGUAACAAUGGUACGAACUAUUAGUGAAAGCUUUUUACAAACAUCAGGGUCAUUUGGUGAUGGCAUAUUUUUGUGUGUGUUGUGGUCCCCUAAAACCAUAUUGCUGUUCCUAGCCCCCAAUUUAGAAGCACUUAGACAAUUUAUGGAUUUCCAUUUUCUUUUGUUUUUUUCUGAGAAAUUAUUGUAUGCUUUUAUGUUCAGUAUAAUUUCACAGAAUUAAUGUUACUUUAUUUUACUUUAUUUGGUACGUACUUUAACAUUUAUUGACAAAUUAAAUACAGAUUUCUUUAUCAGAAUGAUAUAAUCAGUUGCUUUGUGUAUGUGGUAUUCAGGUGACUUCUAAUGGUGACAAUUCUUCUGAAACAGGAUUACUAGAUUUUCUUGAAAAGGACAUUUUUGUACAUAAUUUAAUAUCUAAUUUUCAUUGUAUGAGCAAUCUUCAUAUGCCAGAGCACAGUUUAUUACUAUGCAAUGUUUCAGAGUUCAGGGUAGCCAAGAAAUUAGCACAUCCUUGAUAUUCCAUUAAAAAAAAAAUGCAUGGCCUUGUUUCAGUGAUCUGAGGUUAUUACAAUCAACCUCUUGUACAGUCUUCUUCAUCAGUCUUGUAACAACUUAAAGAAAACAAUUCUUAGUUUAUAUAUUGAUGUUCAUAAGGUCUUAAAUGAGUAGCCUCCUAGACACCUGCUAACAGUAGUUGAGCUUUAAAAAAUGUGAACUAUAGGACUUCCAAGCAAUACAAAAAAAAAGUUUAAAGUCUAUCUGAUACAUAAAUUUGAAAAUAAAUAUUGAGAAUUAGAACUGGGUGAUUAGUUGAAUUUGCUAACCUAUAGAUCUCCUGGCAAAUUGAUCAAUUAAUUCAAUGAAUUGAUUCUUCUCAUGUGAGACUAAUCUUCCUAUUUUCAACUUGUUUUGAGUUUCUUAGACAUUUUCAAACAACCAUUAAAUUAACGUGACAGAUAUCUUCAGGUACAAUGAUUUAGCUAGGAUUAAGUAACUUUUUAAUCUUAAACUGUUGUAUGAGAAAAUCUUAUACAUAUGGAACCUAGUCAAAACCUGCAAGACGUGAUUAAUAAUGUUCCAUUGGUUGCUCCCCACAAAUUUUCACAAGAGCAGAAUAAUUGAAUUUGUGUUGGUUACAAUAAACAUUACUUCAUGACAUUGACUUUUAAUCAACAAAAUAGAAAUUGAACACAUCUAUAUCCUUAUUACGUGUUUAUCAUUGCACAUUACAAAAGCUAUAAUACAAUCAUAUACUUACUUAUACAUAAUCAGUCAUGGAGUAGGUUUUAUAUUAUUCUAUAUAACAUAAAGUACAAAGUAGAAAAUUGUUUAUAUACAUGUUGUGUUUUGUUACCCUAACUAAAAUAUCCGAUACUUGCAAACUUUAAUGCUAUAUUAAUUUUCUGAUUUUAUUGUUUAUAGAAAAUUGAUUAGUACCUUUACAUUCGAUUUGAAGGCCAUGGGAUUGAUUCCCAUUGCCAACAAACAAGCUUGUCCUUUCAGCCAUAUUUUUUCUUUUGUUUUUGAGAUAUGGCUAAACUAUUAAGGUUUUCUGUCACCUUUCCUAAUUUUGAACUUCAGACCAGAGGGAAAGCAUCUAGCUGACAGCACCCACCAUCAACUUUUGGGUUAUAUUUUACCAACGAAUAGGAUUGACUAUCUCAUUAUGAACUGUGGGUAACUGAUUCAACGUGUGGUGCCGCCAAACAUGUAUACUCUUUCAGCUGUAGGACCAUCAUAAUGUCACAAUCAACCCCAUUAUUUGUUGGUAAAAAAAAAGAGUAGCAUAAGAGUUGGUGGCAGGUGUUUAAUUGGAUAAUUUGAAUGAUUAGAAAUAACUAAUUUUGAUUUGACUAUUUUCAUGAUAAUAAUUUAUUUAUUCAUAAUUUGGUUAACUGAUAGUUACGAAAUGGUAAACAAUGUAAUCUAUUAAUUGCCCAGUUCUAUUGAGAAUGACAAAAAAUUCUGGCUAGUUCUUUUAACAAUAGACCCAGGAAAUUUGCAAGUUAUCCUCUCAAAAUUCAGUAACAAAAUUGGGGUUUUUCUAAUAUCUAAUUUAGCUUAUGUCUUUUUUGAAGAUAGCUUUAGGUAAUGUGGUUGACAUCUAAAUAAGGAUUUUUUUUUUCUGUGGAUGACAACAUUUCAGGCUCCAUGCUAAAGAAGAACUCAGCAUGGAACCUGAAAUGAUGCCAAUAACAAAGAUAAUACAAGAACUGUCCUUAUAAAACCUUCCUAAAUUUAGCUGAUUAACAUCAUAAACCUUGGAAAGAUGUAAUGUUUAAUGUAGAUGCCAUUUUGCAUGUUACAUAGUAGAAAAGCAUAUUCCCAGAUCUGUUGUCAAAAUCCAAAAUAAUCACUACCAGUUUAAUUUUACUGAAGUUCUAAUGAUGCUGAAACUCUGAAGUGGCUCUAGCCUAUGUAUAAAGUUAAAAUUUUUCUUGAUAUUAACAAUGUAUAAGCUAUGAAGUGGUUGAAUGUUAAGUUGCUUGCAGAUACAAAUAGCCAUGGUAGUGUCCUCUAAGACUUUAUUGAGCCUGUAGUAUUUUUAUAUUCUUUAAUAACAGAAUAUUUGAAUGUUCUUAAUAAACUUAGCAAGGAUAAAAAAUAAAACAUCAGAGACUAGGAUUUUCAGCAUCAAUAAAUGUAUUAACUACUGUUUGUAAUUUUAACCAAUAUGACCACACAACUGAGAUUCAAACUACUAAUCCUGUUGUAUAUUCAGAACAUUGAGUAGUGUACCAUAAUGUUAAACACACCACGUAACAAGUACAAGAUAAGGCAUAAAUUUUAAACAAAAACUGUCAUUCUAGAGAUAAUAAAGUAUAAGGGAUGAUGUUAUUUAGUACAAUUUAAUAUAGUAUUAUUAGCAUAUAGUUUAAUACUUUGAUGUUCAAACUAUGUAUUUUAUUCUUUCAGUAUGCUUGCUCUUUGCUUCAAUCUGGUAAUUAUUGUGUACAAAGAAAAAUUUUGUUUUCGUGUUGCACCUUUUAGAGUAUUGACAGUAAAACUUGUAUAGCAAAAGCUUCCCAGUUUAGAAUGUAUACAAGUAUGUUGUAAUUAUUCUUUAAUUCAAUAUUUAUCAGUGUUAUUUGCUAAGCUCAUGCAAAAUACAAUAAAUGUAUUUUUCUGGAUACAGAUAAAAUUUGUGAUUUUAUUUCUGAGUACUUUGUAAAAGCAGUACAUGUACACUAACAGUUACACAAGACAAAUAUUUCCCUUUCUGUUUUCAAUACUUUUACUGAACCUUAUAAAUACAAAGUAUGUGUAUAUAAUAUACAAUUGAUGCAGUAUUACAUGUAAAAUGUGGAAUUAUAUUUCUAAGAAAUUUGGAAAGAGUAGUGUAUAUUAUAAACCCCCCUUUUUUUCUAAGACAUUUUUUUUUUUAUUUGUCUUAUAUACAUACAAGCACUUAAUGAAGCUGUUGCUACAAUUACCACUCAAAAUAGCCAUGAAAAAAGAAAAACGUAUUGUAUUAACACAAGUUAUUUUACUUCACAAUCCUCUUUAA